AUGGGCAUUAUUGAUCAAAAGAUCAAGAAGGGAGAAGAACACUUGAUGAUCUCAAAACCCUUGAGGUUGAUUCUCUUUCAAAGUGGUAGACAUGUAUUACGCUCACUCUUCUUUGUCACCGGUUUCUUAAUUGGUGUCUUCCUUUAUCUACAACUAAAAGCCUUCCACAUGUCCACGCCGAAGACAGAACAACCCUUAUGGUCAACAGUGCUAUUCCACCACUCAACAAUGAUGGAGAUCAAACAAGUGCUACAAACACAAGAGCUUCAACACGACAUGAGUGAUCAAGAACUCUUUACCAAGGUCUCUUCAUUAUCAUCACCAUCAUCCUCACCAUCCUCAUCAUCAUGGUUUGGAAGAAUGCAUAAUAAUGAUGAGAAGAUGGUUGUGAAAGUGGCUUUCAUGUUCAUGACUGGCGGCGCACUCCCAUUGGCUGCUUUGUGGGACAAGUUCUUUAAAGGACAUGAAGGGUUUUAUUCCAUAUAUGUUCAUACUAAUCCAUCUUUUCAAGAUUCUUACCCUGAAACUUCUGUCUUCUACUCAAGAAGAAUCCCAAGCCAGCCAGUGUACUGGGGAACAUCAUCAAUGGUAGACGCAGAGAAAAGACUCUUAGCCAACGCUCUCCUCGACGAAUCAAACCAAAGAUUCGUCCUCUUGUCAGAUUCUUGCAUCCCACUCUUUGACUUCACAACCAUUUAUGAUUACUUAACCGGCACAAAUCUCAGCUUCAUCGGCUCAUUCGACGAUCCAAGAAAGUCCGGUCGGGGACGUUACAACCCCAAAAUGUAUCCACAGAUAAACGUUACACAUUGGCGUAAAGGAUCACAAUGGUUUAGUACAACCCGUGAGCUUGCUCUUCAUAUACUAGCAGACACUUUUUAUUACAAAAUAUUCGACCAGCACUGCAAACCGCCUUGUUACAUGGACGAGCAUUACAUCCCGACUCUCAUUCACAUGUUCCAUGGAGAAAUGAGUGCAAACCGGACCUUGACUUGGGUGGACUGGUCGAGAGUCGGUCCACAUCCUGGCCGGUUUAUUUGGCCUGAUAUCACCGAUGAGUUUCUUAACCGUAUCAGGUUUACAGAGGAGUGUGCUUAUUAUAGCCGUGAUGGGGAGAAUACUACAACUUCGAAAUGUUUUUUAUUUGCGAGGAAGUUCACGGAAGAUACUUUAGAACCUUUGUUAAGAAUCUAUCCUCUAGUUCUUGGGUCUGGUCCGUAAUUACUUAAAUGUUUGUGAAUUUUUUUCAGCCAGUAAAUAUUAUAUCAAAUUUAACCAUUCAAUAAACCGAUGGUUCGCCUAAACCGUAUGUGUUUCCAGUGAACCCCAAAACUAGCUGAUAAAAUCCAAAAAUCCGAAC